UUACCAAUCAGAUUUAACCAGGAUGAUAAAAUAGACGUACGGAUAUCAUUUUAAGCAAAGAAAAGUAAAACCACGGGCACACAUGGCAACGGGAAAUAUUAUGGAUAUUGCGGGCAGAAGUUUGAGAGAAAACCUUAAUUGCCCAAUUUGCCUUGAUACUUUAAAAUCACCAAAGAGCUUGUCGUGCAUCCAUACUUUCUGUGAGGAAUGUAUUCAGUUGAUCAUACAAAAUGAGGAUACACCUGGGAGACAACGCAAAAUAGUGUGUCCAGAAUGUAGGCAAAGCACGACUCCACCAAGAAAUGUUGUUAGGACAGAGUGGGCCAAACAUUUGCCGACAAACUGGCCAUUGAUGCGCUUAAUUGAAAGAAUUGAUAGAAUUCCAACACCUGGUUUUUCCAAUGACCUCACAGAAACUGAUGAUGAAGUUGACGGACAACUUUCUAUUAAUCCGCAAGAUCUGGAAGAAUGCAAUCAGAUAGAACUAUGUCAGAUGCAUCCUGGAGAAAAAAUGUCUUUCUAUUGUCACGAACACUCAGCAAUUCUCUGUGAAGAAUGUAAAAAUACAGUUCAUCGUUGGGGUUGUAACGUAGUGACAGUCACCUCACAGGCAUCAGAUGAAGCCAUUACUGAAAAGGUUAGUGACAUAGAACAACAAUUUCUAGACAUAAAUAACAAGCUUGAUGAGACAGAGAGAGCUAUGGUUAACGAUAUUACAGUUGUAAGAGAGAAGAUAAGUGACUUUAAAAGCCGUAUGAUGACGAUCAGAGGUGAGCUUGACCAGCUACUCAACGAAAUGCAGCAGACGCUGACGAGUGAUAAAUUUUGCGACGAAAACCUGGAGACAUAUUCAAAGUGUCAAGAAAGCAAGAUAAUUGAAUGUCAUAGUUUGAAGGAAGCAAUGAAGUUUAGCAAGUCAGAAAUGGAAACGAUUAUGAAAUAUGGAAAACCUGAGCAGCGUUUUAUAGCUGCCGAGCAGUUGCUACGGUUAAUGCCGAUGUUUGUAAAGGCAGCAGACGACAAUGAGAAAUCUGCAAUGCGCGUUGAAUUAAGACACGAAGGCAUUGAAAUCUUACAUAGUGUAAUGCGUAUGAGAAAAUACAUGAAUAAUAUGGAAGGUCAUCACGUGAAAUUAGAAAAUUGAAAUAUGCUGUGUUGUGCCUGUCACCUGACAUGAGGAUAAAAUAGCUUAACAGUAAUUAUAUAAUAUGCCUAUAAAAACUAAUGAUGGUCACUUUUUAUGCUUUAUAAUAGUUGAGAUUUGACAGAUUUCAUAACAAGGAGAGAAAAAGCUACUUUAAAGCUUGAUAAUGAUGAAGAAAGCUAUUAUAAGUUAACGGUGUCUUGUCAUAUAUUUGUUGCUUGAUUAUUACAUUAGAAUGUGAAGGUUGUUCAAAAUGUUCAAAUACCAUGGUGUCAAAUAAGCAUAAACUUAAAAAUGAAAAAUUUGAAAGUGUGUUAAUUAUACAUGGAAAUGACGAUUUUGAGAAUUAAUAAAACUUACACAAAUUUAAAUUUAAGCUUUAAACGGCCAUUGCGGUUUCGAGGAAAAUGUUACUGUCAACAUUGAUAUUUUAUUAUUAUUGAUAUAAAAUUAUACAGUAUAUAAAUGUUUUCAUAUAAUUAUUUAAACAUGAUUGCGAUAGAGUACUGGAUUUUAUUUAUCAUUAUUAUUCAGUUCUUCUCAGAAUGUAUUCUGACAAAUCUGAAUGACUAGUCAUUUAAAAAAUUGAUAUUAUUUAGAGUACAAACUUUCUGUAUAUUUGUGAACAUUUAAAAUUGACCUCAUUAUCUCGUGUGAUUGUCAAUAUAUAUAAUGUUUAAAUUGUUGUAAGCUAAUAUUACCCCUUCGAUAUCUUUUAAAAGUUGGUUUGUGUUUAAAUAUGAUAACAUUUAAAAUCCAAAUGUCAUAGGAUAUUGUACAAAUGAUAGGUCUUUAAUAACUUUUUUUCGAGAUAACAAGUAAGGAAAGUGCAGACAAAAAUUGAUUUUGUAUUACUUACAAUUGUACAGAUUCAGCUAACCAUUAUAUAAAAAGAAAAAAUAUUAAAUUUCUUUUUUCUACAACAGUAGUGGUGCAAUAAUGUACCCUUGUCAUUUAGUACCCGUAAAUCUUUGGCAAUCAUGCAAUGUAUCUACAUUUUUAAACAUCCAUUAUUUCUGUGAUAAUUUUUCUUUUUCAUACAUGUUUGAAAAGUUUUUUGAAAUUUAACAAUCUUUGAUAGGCAAUUCAUAUUCCUUAAAUCUUCAAGAUUUUUCAUAUGCAUCUAUAUAUAUGUAUAUUAAAUAUAUUAAGGCUCUAUGUAUAAAUCUAUGUUCAAAUAUUUUAAUGAAAGCAUGACUGUGCUUCCAUGGAAUUCACCUUAAGUUUUCAUUAAUUUUCCCACCUGAUAUCGUGCGUAGAUUAUAACAGAUGUGCGAGCACAGAUGACUCAAUUGAUAAUUACUGAUUUAUUAAUUUUUGCCUCCAUCAUAAUAUUGUUAGCUCACCUGAGCUUGCUCAGGGUGAGCUUUUAGGAUCAUUGAAUGUCCGUCGUCCGUCCACACUUGUUCGUUAACACUCUAGCGGUCACAUUUUUGCCUCAAUUAUCAUCAAACUUGGUCAGGAUGCUUGUCUAGGUCAUUGCUCGGAUGAGUUCGAACAUGGUCAUCUCGGAUGAAAAACUAGGUCACCGGAGCUAAAAAUAGAAAAAUCUUGUUAACACUCUAGUGGCUACUGUUUUGAUCCAAGUAGCCUGGAAAUUAGUCUGAAAGUUAAACAAUCACACAUGGGUAAAAAACUAGGUCACACUGCUCGAAUAUGGAUAAUCCUUGUUAACACCCUUGUGGUCACAUUUUUGACUCACCUGUCAUGAAACUUGGUCAGAGUGCUUGUCUAGAUAAUUGUUCGGAUGAGUUUGAUGGGUCAGGUGAGCGAUCUAGGGCCAUUAUGGCCCUCUUGUUAAUGUUAUUAUUAUAAUUUCAUUGCU